AUGGUCAUGGGCCAAGGCCAGCAGCCUGUAGUUCAUCCUUUCUUCCGCAAAGAUGUCGUUCUUGCUGGUCAACAUUCGACAUCCCUUCAAGAUGCAUCUGUACCCCCCGCGGACUCAGUCAAUGCCCACCCGAGUCACACACCACCCACAGCAGCAGGUUCAACUCAUGAGCACACGACACAACCGCUGUUGCCCUAUGUCCUCGAGUACCCCAUGACUCAGGGCUCAGAGAUCUCCGGCGCAGACGAAGACCCGAACGCGAGCAGACGCAAGAGGCGGAAGACAGACCGGACAAAGAAGACCCAUCAAGAUCAGCCAUUGCAAGCUGGCCUGACCAGCUGGCUUGGGACAGAAAACCCUGGGUGGGUUGCCCCGAAGGGUGUCGAGGCUUCAGAAAGCACGAAGCAAGCCUCCCUCAAGGCCUCUGUCUCAGACGAUCGGCCGCUCCGAGAUUUGAACUCCGCAGAGGUUUCAAAUUUGGAGGGGUGUUCAUCGAGGCCGCGAAAAAUCGUAAAGCUCAAUCUCAACGGGCGAUUGCUGAGUUCACCUCCAGGCAGUCCUGCUGAAGCCAAUGCCCCGGGGGAAGACCCAAGACGACGCGGCAGAUCUCAAGCAUCGGCAACUAAGCUAGUCGUUUUAAAAUACUCGUCGGCUCACCGGGAAAGGAUCUCGAAAAUGAUGGUUGAUAUACAGAACCCUCGGAACAGAGAUGCGAUGAGAAGUUCGACCCAUACGAAUAUUUCGAAGGCUCCUGCGCGACCAGUGAACAACCAGAAAAUUCCAACCCAUCCAUUUUUUGCUCGGAAAGCUACCUUGCAGCGGCCGAACAUGGCUUCAGGCGACUCGUGUUCCAUCGCAGAUAGCCGUCUCAGUUCUGCCAACUCAGGAGAGCGACCAUCGACAGGAAAUGACGGGAAACCAUUUCAGUUUUCAUCUAAAUUAUCAGCUCAGGGAUUCAGUCAACGAAGCAUUAAACUUCCCUCGCUGGUGCAUCCACUUUGGCCACCUCAAGGCCUUGUGCAUGUCCGUGGCCCAUCCUCGCCACCACAGCGUCACCUCUGUUCGACAAGUUCUAGUUAUGAUUAUAAGAAAUCGAAGUCACGGACGAUAUUGGUGAAUGACGAAGAGAAUGCUCUUCUAGCCAGCACCGUGCAGGCGCGAGAGCUUGCAUUGCACAAAUUCGGGAGUCUGGAGCAAAAGAAGACGGCUCUGCGUCUGCCAGAGCGACGUGUUGCCAGUGGACAAGGUUUGCAAGGCGCUAUAGAGAGCCAAUUGUCUUGGAAUCUCUCCGGUCACUCGAGACCUAUGGCCUCGACCUCUCCAGUGGUCAAAAAGCUAUACUUGUCGCUACCUUCAUCCACAUCUGCGUUUGACAGCGGCAAGUAUGAGACCCAUCUCUGGUCUCACAAAUAUAGCCCUGAAAGCGCCGCGGAUGUGCUUCAACCCGGGCGGGAAGUUCAAAUGCUCCGUGACUGGCUUUUUCAAAUGAAAGUUAGUGCUGUUGAUAUUGGUAACCAGCCUUGUGAGAGUGUGAGGCAUAAACAAAAACGUCACAAGAAGCGCAAGAAGCGCAAAGUCGAUAACGAGCUUGAUGGCUUCAUCGUCUCAAGUGGCGAAGAGGCCUCUGAAAUGGACCCAUUGUCUGGAUCAGACGAUGAGUUGGCAGGCGAAGUUACCGUUGCUGGACCUAAAACGCUCAUCAGAUCUGGGGGUAUUACUAGCCAGGUCCAGCAUGGGCGUGAAAAGCCCCGUUUGAAAAAUGUCAUUCUCAUCAGUGGUGCAUCAGGCUGUGGUAAAACAGCAUCAGUCUAUGCGGCAGCCAAGGAGCUCGACUUUGAGGUAUUUGAGAUCAACUCCGGUUCCCGGAGGAGCGCGCGAGACAUGCUUGAGAAGGUUGGGGAUAUGACACAGAAUCACCUUGUGCAGCUCCUGAAUGACAAGGAUGAUGGCUUAUCCCAACCCAACCUCCAAGCAGAGAGUGGUGAUUCUAGGCAGAACAAACUCAAAGGCUUUUUCAAGGGCCAACCACCGAAAAAGACACCUCAAAGUUGUGCAGAUUCCUCGCCCAAAGAUUCCCCGCCCGAAAUUGAAACCAAGCGAGGACGCGAGCAAAAGCAAUCGUUGAUUUUGUUCGAAGAAGCCGAUAUUCUUUUCGAGGAGGACCGGCAAUUUUGGAGCGGGGUGUUGACCAUCAUCAGUCAGUCCAAAAGGCCUAUCAUCAUCACUUGCAAUGAUGAGAGUCUGAUUCCGGUGGAGGAGAUUUCUUUUCAUGCCAUUUUGCGGUAUCAGCGGCCCUCCUUGGAAGUCGCGUUGGACUACUUGCUGCUUGUUGCUGCCAAAGAAGGGCACAUUCUGCAAAGAGAUUCUGUCAACAGGCUCUAUACUGCGGGGGGAAUGGACCUCCGCAGGUCAUUGAUCGAUUUAAAUUUUUGGUGCCAGAUGGGCGUCGGCAGUGAAAAGGGAGGCUUGGACUGGAUACUUCCUAUUUGGCCCCCCGGGGCGAAUGUGGAUGAGAAUGGCGAACGAUUACGUGUCCUCAGUAUGAAUACGUACAAGUCUCAUAUGGGCUGGUUCAACCGUGACCUGCUCAUGGAAGAUGAGGAAUUAACGAAACGGACUGAAACUCAACACAAUGCCUCGCAGUGGUGGGGUAUUCGCCCUCGAGAUGCCGAGGGUGCGGCUGAUUUGAGCACAAUAGAGUCAAUGCCUGCCGAAAGCUAUCGCUCCAUGACGAAGCUUGGCCAACUCGAGUUAUUGAGCCGCGAGGCAGACUACCUCGAGAUGAGGAGUGCCCUUGAUAUUCUUAGCCUUGGUGAUUCAAUCGAAUUGUGCGAGGAUAUUCUUGACACAUCUUCUCCGCCUAUUACGGAAACACAACGACUCAACUAUAUCGAAGCGUAUCCUCUUCUACAAGCCGACCUGCUGCCGGACUACUCGUCCUUGAAACCAUCAAUCACGGCAACCUUUGAGUCGUUGAUAUCUCUUCACUUUCGCCCGCCCAUUCAGAAUCUUGAAUACGCCAGCGCGGGUGCAAUCUUCAAUGUCUGGGCGCAGUCAACAAUGCGUCAUAGAACACCUUUCUCAAACCCUCAAGCACUGCGGAAGACAUUUGAGCCCAUCAUGCGAGCGAGUCAGUCCGCAGUUUCGCUUCCUGGCCGCCUUGCACCGUCGUUCGAGAAUGGCAUUGCGCCUAUCACCGAGGACAUUGCGCCAUAUGUUCGCGCAAUAAUGUCCUACGAUGGUCGUCUUCAGGAAUACAGAGAGAGUUUGUAUGCAGUCCUUGUCCAGGAUAACGGAGGAGUCCCUGAAAAACGAAAGCGAACCACCCGCGCCAGUCGGGCGGCCUUGGAAGGAGGGAGCAAGGCCUCGACUCGUAAAGAGCGCUGGUUUCCAGAUGACAUGAAUUACAUCGCGGUUCAAAGAACUGGGCGUCCUGAAUGGCAGCAGCACCUAUACGACAUGGGUCAUUAUCACAUUCAACCCGCCGUUGACUCGACGGGGUCUUGCAGUGAGCCUCUCUCUGGCGAAGAGGCUUGA